AUACCACGGUUCCUGCUGCCGCAGUCCGGCCUGAUAUGGCGCCGGGUUCCAUCACCCGCCGCCACCACCACCACCACCCGCCGUAUCUCUGUCCGGUUAGCUUCCAGCAGCAGCAGCAGCAGCAGCAAAGCACCUGGGCCCCGUGUGCUCGCAAAACCCGAGCGCUUUAACCCCCCCUCGCAUGGCGCCCGCCUGCCCAAGAAAACAUCACCGCGGCACUAUGGCGGCGACCUCAGUGCUGCCGAGAUCAGAGUCCAACAACAGACCGACUACCCGGGCAUGGCGCCACCCAAGGGGACAUGGGCGCACUGGUUUAUUCACAACCGCUGGCUCCACGUGGCCAUCACUGUGGGAACCCUAAGUGGUUUAGCAAUCUGGACCUUCGCACUGAACUUCACACACACCUCGCCCUUUGCCGACAUGUUGCCGCCGCUCGAGGACUACCUCUGGCACCCCAUCAGCUCGGUGAGCGCGCUGAUCGAGGUGCUGCGGCUGCACGAGGCGCACAAGAACGCCAUGAUUAGCGAGAAGCGCAAGCGCCUUGUCGACGACGUGGCCAAGCGGGCCGCCUACCGCAAGGCGCACGGCCUGCCGGAGGAGAUGGGCUUCUUUAAGGACAAGCCGAUGACCAAGAGCAAGGCGGACGAGGAGAUGGCGCAGCAACAGAUCGACGAGGGAGAAACGGAAGGGGUAGCAGUAGAAGGGCAAGCGGAUGCCUCCCAUGAGGACGAAAAGGGGCGCCGGCUGACGGAGGAGGAGAGACAAGAGGUUGUGGUCAAGACCAAGCAGAAAUGGAUGGGUAUCUGGUAA